UCGGGGGCGUGGGAGUCACGCAGCUGCUCCCUGUGCAUUCUGGGAGUGCUGCCUGUAGGAAGAUGGCGAGGAGCUUGGGCCCGUUCUCGCUGCUGUUUCUCGGCGGACUUCUUGCCGGUAUUCUGAGCGGGGCCUCAGCAGACGGUAAUGGGCUACCGAGCAAAAAGCUCAAGAUGCAAUACACCGCCGGGCCGCUGCUCAAGUUCCAGAUCUGUGUUUCCUGAGGUUAUCGUCGGGUGUUUGAGGACUACAUGCGGGUUAUUAGCCAGCGGUACCCAGACAUCCGUGUAGAGGGAGAAAACUAUCUUCCUCAUGCCAUUUAUAGGAACAUUGCAUCUUUCUUGUCAGUCUUCAAGCUAGUGUUAAUAGGAUUAAUAAUUGUUGGUAAGGAUCCAUUUGCAUUCUUCGGCAUGCAAGCUCCAAGUGUCUGGCAGUGGGGACAGGAAAAUAAGGUUUAUGCUUGCAUGAUGGUUUUCUUUGUAAGCAACAUGAUUGAGAACCAGUGCAUGUCCACAGGAGCCUUUGAGAUCACUCUGAAUGAUGUACCUGUGUGGUCAAAGCUGGAAUCUGGGCACCUUCCAUCAGUGCAGCAACUUGUCCAAAUAAUUGAUAAUGAAAUGAAGUUAAAUGUUCACAUGGAUGCAAUUCCUCACCACCACCGUUCAUAGCCACAUCUCCCAGCACCACGUUUAUCUUACACGAAUCGGGCUUUGCAAUGGUGCCAGCGGGACUGGUGUUCAUGAAAGCUUGCACUGAAAACACUUGCUGUUAGUGUAGGCUGGAGUUCUCCCUGCCGUCUCGCUGCACCGUUUAAAGUUCCCAGUGCAAGAUACUCCUGGUGCUGCUGUCUCCAGGCAUUCUACAGAGUGCAAUAACUUACUGGGUAGAAAGAAGCAUCUUUUAUUUAAAGCCAUUAUUUCCAUAGUUCAUAUAAUGCUGGCAUUACAACAUUUUGUUGUAUAAUCCUGAUUUACAGUGUUGCAAUAGUUAAAGCCUAAUUUUCCUCUUGGGACAUUUGUCCUUUUUUUGAGAUCUAAUUUUUUUAUAAGAAUUUCUUCUUUUUAUAGUUUUGAAAUGCUGUUGUAACAAAUCUCUCCAGUAAUCCUUUACGGUUUCCACUUUGUUUCCUUAAAGAUUAUAUUGCAGAUUAUGAAAAUUAAGUUAUUCUAAAUUAUGAACAGGCACGUAGGCAGAUUGUGACAUUUAACUGAUGGAUACGCACUGAAAUGUAUUCUAGAGUUUUUAACUGAGCCUUUAUACUUGUCCUCUUUGCAGAAAAUGGAGAUUAAGUUAAAUAAACUGAUCAUUAAAUAAAACUUCACUAUAAA